GCACGGCCAAGCAUCGCCACAGUGCGCGGCAUGAAGAAUGGUUUGGGGGCCCUCGAGUUCGAAGAAGCCACUGGCAAGGCACAUCGCCAGUUGGUACCGGUGGAUUGGGUGGUUGGCUCGCCGGAGGCACCUUUGAGGAGGCGAUGGCAAGGCCCCGCCUUACCUGGUGCCAUUGUCCUCGUUCCCACCAGAGAACUCUGUGAACAGGUGCAUUUGGAGACCAAAGAGUUUCUGCACUUUUCACCUCUCAGAAGUGUGGCUCUGUUCGGCGAUGCCAACCUUCGCUCGCAAUUUCGUGAUUUGGCGCACGGAGCCGAUCUUUUAGUCUCCACUCCGGGACGCCUGGUGGAUGCCUUGCACAAGGGCCUGGUGAGAUUGGACAAGGUGCGCUUUCUGGUACUGGAUGAGGUGGAUCGCAUGAUGGAACUUGGCCCGGGCCUCGGCCUGGGCACUCGCAGCG